AUGCGUUUUAUCAGCUUCACUCUUACUACUCUCAUGGCCAGUGCCUCGAUGGUCAUGGCUGCCCCGGCCGAUUCCAAUGGAGCCGCUGCUAAAUGGACCUGUCCUAAUGGAUGGAAGUACUGCGGUUGUGUCGGAAAUGGUGGCGGAGAUGGUGCCCUCUGUGGUAGUGGUGGAUUCGGUGAUCAGGUCUGCCCGGUGAAGAAAUAG